AGUGCUGCAGGACUCCGGGAGCGACAGAAACUGCGGAAAGAGAGCCGAAGCCAGAAGCCCCCAGAUCUGCUUAAACAAAUCACUGCCCCCCUCAGAGAGGAAGAGGGAGGGAGGGGGAAACCCAGACCCAAAGACAAAAUACAAGACAGAGAAAAAAAAAAAUAAAAAUCAGCGGGGAGUAAAAAACGGCCCCCAAAACACCCCCUUGCCGAGACGGGAGGUGGAAACGGGUGCGCGCCCAUUAAAGACUCGGGGUGCUGGAGGGGAUCCCCCCGCCUCCUCUUUGCCCUCCCCCGGCCCGGCGCGGGGCAGUGCGGCCCUCCGGCACCAGCACCCGGGCCCGUUCUGGAAAAGAGAGCAGGAAUAAAGGGAACAGCUUCCUCGCCGACAAAAAAAAAAAAAAAAAAAAAAAAAAAAAGCCUUUUUCUCCUUUUUUUUUUUUUCCCUUCAACUCCUCGCCGGGAAAAAAACAAAAACGAAAACGCUUCCCCUCCCCGCGCCCCCCUGCAAGAGGCCCCAAAACAACCGGCAACAACGAACAGGCAGCAAAAAAAAAAAAAAGCCCCCAUUCAAAACCAAAAUCAAAAACAAAGAAGGAAAAGAAAAGGAAAAGCGAGAAGCGAGAGAAACAGAGACAAGCUCCAUCGAUUUCAAAUCCAGGAUUUUAUCCGGUGCAUUAUUAUUUUUUUUAUUUUUGCUCUCCCUUUUUUUUUCCUUUUUUGCCUCCUUCCCUUCCUCCUUUCUUCCCCCCCCCCCCCCCCCAUCCUCCUUCUCACCCCCCUUUUCCUUUCCAUUUUAUUUUGGAUCCUGCUAAAUUUAGCCGGGAUUGCUCUCUGAGUGUUGCGUGUUAAUUUGAUUUACUCUAGGAUUCCAGCUUCCGAGACGCCAUUCCUCCCCCCCCCCGCUCUCUCUCACUCUGUUUAUCUAUCUAUCAUUUAUCUAGCGAGUUCUCCAGCUGUCUGUCUGUCCGUCCAUCUCCCUCUCCCCGGGUGCUUUCCCUCCUCCCCCUGCCCUCCUCCCUCUGCGCGUGCUGCGCGGCCGUGCGCUCCCCUGACAGAUGAACACCGCCAUGGGUUUGCCGCAACACAAGCAAAAGCACCUUUGGGGGUUGUAGCGAGGGCUCGAAACCGGGAUCUAAAAGAGAAGAGACAAGAAGGGGGAAAGCCGAGGGAGGAGGAGGAAGAAAGAAGAAGAAGAGGAAGCUGCUAAGAAGCCCCCGCGACAAAAACCGGGAGGCAUCGAGGAAAGUGGCAGAUCUGAUUUCUUCUGAGCUCCUUGCAGCCUCUAGGUGACUGGGAUAUUGAACUUGGUGGACAGCUGCAAUUCGUUCCCUGGGAUCCUACCUGCCCUUUCUCUCCCCUUCCCUUCCUGUGCUCUCCUUCCCUCUGAUAAAACUCCAGUGUGUUGUGGUACUGCUAUGGAACCCAGGGAGACUUUGGGCAGCUCCCAGCAAAGGGGAGGUGAGGUGGAUUUUUUGCUGGCCACUGUCGCCUCUGCAAAGCCUCCACCUGCCUCUGGCUGCACAGGAGAGAUGAUGCUGCCCAUGGCGGGCUCGGGGAAAGGGAUCCUGGUGAGCAGAAAGCGGAUGGAGCCCGAAGAAGAGGAUGAGCUGGGUUACGGGAGAGAUGUGGAUUCCACUUCUAAUGCAGACAGUGAGAAAUGGGUGCCAGGAGAUGGGCUAGAAGAGCAAGAGUUUUCUAUCAAGGAAGCUAACUUCACAGAGGGGAGUUUAAAACUAAAGAUCCAAACCACCAAGAGAGCUAAAAAGCCCCCAAAGAACUUGGAGAACUAUAUUUGCCCUCCUGAGAUCAAAAUCACCAUCAAGCAAUCUGGGGAGCAGAAGCUUUCCAGAGCUGGGAAAAAUAGCAAAGCAGCUAAGGAGGAGGACAGAGCAUGCUCCAAAAAGAAGGGAAAAGUCAUCAGAGAUGUGAAACUGCUCAUGAGUUGUGGUUGCAGAAAAGGGAAAAAUGCUCAAGUGAAAGACUCAGAUCAGAGACAGAUGAAGAAUUUGGGAAGAGAGUGUGGGUUCCCUGUGCAGAGUCCAAUGAUGAAAUCUCUGAACAAGGUAUAUGACAGGCCACAAAAGCAUUCUGCUCUGCACUAUGAUCCAGGCCUCCAACAAGACUUCACUGGUGACACCUUAAAAUCAAAGCAACAUCAGAAAAGUAGCAACCAGCACCAUCUUGACUGGUCAGCAAGGUCAGACACAUUAUCCACUUCUCAAAGUUGCUUCAUCAACACAGAACCCAGUCUAGAAGCAGUUAGUUCCACCAAGGUCACCACCCCAGAGCCAGGAGUUUCCUUCAGCAAAUCCCAAGCAAAGAAGUCCUGUGCCAGUAGCACAUGGGGGCAGCUGUCGGCCAGCAGCAAAGAGCUUGCCAUAUGCAGUACAGUCCCAUCACCCAACAACAUUAGUGUGUCUGCCCAGCCAAGCAGCGCUUCUGAGUGCCAUGGGCUGUUGCCUCUUGGUAAUCAAGAGGGAGGAGUGCAGCUGGAGGCCCCCGAUCAGCCUGCUGGGAGUACAAAGAAGAAGUCCAGCAAAAAGGACUUGAUAAGUCAAACCAUCCAAACUGCAGACAUUGAAUGGGUGAAGAGUGCUCAGAAAGCAUUUGAUAGUAAAUCCCAUGACAGCAUGGAAGGAAAAAAGGAGUCUUACUCGAUGGACACUGUGUUGGAUGCAUCACCCUCGAUGCAGAAUCCCACUUCUGCUAGCAGUUGUGAAAGUGACACUAGUCAUGUACAAAUUGCUAUCCCAAUAAAUUCUCUGACAACAGAUACAUCUGGCCACAAAAGGAAAAAAAGGCAAUCUACAAAAUCUUCCAUGGAGAAAACUAUCCAGGAGAAAAGCCUGCCUUCUGCACUUGCUAUGAGCAGUGAAGUAGCAAACAGGACUAGUUCUCAGUCAGAGGGGAGUAAAAAAGAUCUUCGAGCCACAAAGCCAGGGAAAGUGAUUGAAAAUGAGUCCCCCUUAGUAGCUGUUGACAGCAGUGUGCUUACUGACAAAGCUUCCCUCAACAGUGCCACCAGACUCAGAAAAUCUGUAACUGUGACAUCCACUCUCCUAUCCACCAAUCUUCCCACAGCUAGCAAAUUAUCUGAGGUCCAGCACCCCAAACUUGCAGCUAAGAGGCGAUGGACCUGCAGCAAACCUAAAUCUAUCCUUCAGGAGAUUUCCAUGACAGUAUCUGAGAAGCUGAUGGUGGAGCCUCCUUCAGCCUAUCCCAUCACACCAUCCAGCCCUCUGUAUACCAAUACAGACAGUCUUACUGUGAUCACACCUGUCAAGAAAAAAAGAGGACGACCAAAGAAACAGCCUUUGCUCACUGUUGAAACCAUUCAUGAGGGAACCUCUACCAGCCCAGUGAGUCCAAUCAAUCGUGAAUUUCCAGGAACAAAGAAAAGGAAGAGGAGACGGAAUCUGGCCAAGUUAGCCCAGAUGAUCCCAGGAGAAGACAAGUCCAUCGGUGAACUCAAGUUUCACAAAAAGGUUGGGAAGCUUGGGGUCUUGGAUAAGAAGACUAUCAAGACCAUUAACAAGAUGAAGACCCUUGAGAGGAAGAAUAUUCUCAAUCAGAUCUUGUCCUCCUGCUCCAGCAGCAUAGCUCUGAAAGCAAAAGUCCAGCCACCAUCUAGUGCUGAGCCAACAACCAUUGAUGCCAGACUAGGGAAGCAGAUCAAUGUCAGCAAGAGGGGGACUAUCUACAUUGGUAAAAAACGGGGUAGGAAGCCAAGAGCAGAGCUGCAGCCUCAACCAGAAGAACCUAAGACAGCCAUCAAGCACUCAAGGCCUGUUUCUAGCCAGCCAGAAAACCCAGCAGUGCCUUCCAACUUGCAAUCACUUGUGGCAUUGUCACCAGCAACUAUUCAUCAGCUUUCGACACAGUUAGUGGGGACUAAUGGCAACCUUAGCCCUGCAAGUACUGAAACAAAUUUUUCAGAGUUAAAAACUAUGCCAAAUCUUCAACCUAUCAGUGCUCUUCCUACAAAAACCCAGAAAGGAAUGCUCAGUGGAACUUGGAAGCUGUCUCCACCCAGGUUAAUGGCUAAUUCACCUUCCCACCUCUGUGAAAUAGGUUCUCUGAAAGAAGUCACGCUAUCGCCAGUGAGUGAGUCUCACAGCGAGGAAACCAUACCAAGCGACAGUGGAAUAGGUACAGACAACAACAGCACUUCUGACCAAGCUGAGAAAAGUUCAGAAUCUCGCCGGAGAUACUCCUUUGAUUUCUGCAGCCUGGACAAUCCAGAGGCUAUCCCAUCCGACACCAGCACAAAGAACAGGCAUGGUCACCGGCAGAAGCAUCUAAUUACGGAUAACUUUCUCUCUCAUGAGAGCAUUAAAAAGCCAAAGCACAAGAGGAAAAGGAAAAGCCUGCAGAAUAGAGAUGACCUCCAGUUUCUGGCAGACCUUGAGGAACUCAUCAAUAAGUUUCAAGUGUUCAGGAUUUCCCAUCGAAGUUACACAUUUUAUCAUGAAAAUCCAUAUCCCAGCAUCUUCAGGAUUAAUUUUGAUCACUACUGUCCUGUGCCAUAUAUCCAGUAUGACCCAUUGCUCUAUCUUCACAGGACCUCUGACAUGAAAUCUAAGAAGCGUGGUAGACCUGCCAAAACCAAUGACACCAUGACAAAGGUGCCUUUUUUACAAGGGUUUGGUUACCCUAUUCCCAGUGGGAGUUACUAUGCACCCUAUGGAAUGCCUUACACAUCAAUGCCUAUGAUGAAUCUUGGUUACUAUGGUCAGUAUCCAGCUCCUUUGUACCUGUCUCACACACUCGGAGCAGCUUCCCCAUUUAUGAGACCUACUGUGCCCCCACCCCAAUUCCAUGUGAGCUCUCAUAUGAAGAUGUCCACCACUGCCAAGCAUAAAACAAAACAUGCAGUGCACCUACAAACAUCUGUGGGAAUGGGCCUUGGAGACAUGCAGUCCUCUUUGGUCCCUCCAAAGGUUGGAGGAACAAGCUUUUCAAGUGUCCGACUUCACAAAAGGAAACACAAACAUAGGCACAAGCAUAAGGCUGAGUGGAUAUUGGGGAUGCAUGAAGAUCUGAACGAUAUCUUUGAUAGCAAGUCCACUGGCUUCUCCAGCCAUGCGAUCAAUGAAAGGCUAAGUGGCUCAGAUAAAGAUCUGUCCUUGCUCAAUGAGAAAAGCAAGCAUAAGGAGAAGCAGAAUCACCAGCAUUGUGAAACUGGGCACAAAGGCUCAAAGAGUAAUUUCGAAGUGGAUACACUGUCUACGUUAUCAUUUUCUGAUGCCCAGCAGUGGACACAGAGUAAAGAAAAAAGUGACUCGAGCAAUGAUCCCAUUGACUCUUGCACAAAAAGAUACUCUAGUAAUACUGAGAGUAAUGUAAGAUCAGAGUCUCUGGACAUGUUUGGUGAAAUGAAUUCCUCAAGUGAGAAACGGGACAAUUAUGCAAGUGGGAAUAAAAGAAGAAGCUUUGAAGGGUUUGGAACUUACAGGGAAAAAGACAUUCAGCCCUUCAGGACAAAUAGGAAGGACAGAAGCACUUAUGAUUCUUUGUCCUCUUCAGGAACUGUAGGACCCCACUUAAAAGCAGACCAAACUUUACUUCACAGUAAAAUGGAAAGUUCUGCCUGUAACAUGAUGACCAGAAGGAAACCAGCAGCUGUUGACAGUGUUGCAAUGCCAACUCCAGUAUUAUCUCUCUUACCUUCAACAGAAGCAGCAUCUGAAGCAGCCAGCCCACCACUGAAAAAAAGGUUCAAGCGCCAUGAAAUCGAAGCAAUCCAGUGUGAGGUGCGCAAGAUGUGCAACUACACCAAGAUCCUGUCCACAAAGAAGAAUAUGGAUCACGUGAACAAGAUCCUGAAAGCCAAGCGGCUGCAGAGACAAUCAAAGACAGGCAAUAACUUCGUCAAGAAGCGGAGGGGGCGUCCCCGGAAGCAACCCCUCUCCUUUGACAAAGACUCCAGAGACCAAAUGCCCAUUCUGGAAAAAUGCAUUGACCUUCCCAGCAAAAGAGGUCAGAGACCAGCACUGAAUCCGUUGAUAUUGGAGCAAGCAGCCACCCAAGACACGAUCAUGGCCACCAUCGAGGCUGUCAUACACAUGGCUCGAGAGACGCCACUCCCUCCUCACCCCCUGCCAUCCCCUCUCCCUCCGCCCCGGACGCCCCGGUUUGGGAAAAGGAAAAGUAAGUCCCCGCAGGAGGAGGAGGAGAACGUAAAAGUGAAGCGGCACCGGAAAGGCAGGGGAAGUGAAAGCGAAGGCCUCCCAUAAGGCCAGCACACCCUGUUGGAUGUCGGGUGCUGGUAGCAGGGCGUGCCGGGACUGGCAGACUGGAGGCACAUGGUCUGCUUUGCCCCCACGACAGCACCGGACUUGUCCCUCGGGCAGCCGAAACCCAUCAUGGAGAGCUGUGCCAGCUGGGGUUCACAUCUUCAUCGCCCCAGACCCUCAGGAAAGAGGGUGAAAGGGUGAGGGUCUGGAAAGGUGGGGGCGAUGGGGGUGGGGUUUCAAAGUUGGGGAGACUGUCUACUUUGCAGAGUUUCCAAAACUAAUCAGCAUCUCGGCAUUGCUGUGCUCACACCGUACCCAGAGGUGGGAGGUCGUCCUCACAGAGAGCUGAAUGUUGUCACUAGGGCUGCAUGCUCGACUCCAAUUCUGUUUGGCAGGCCGUGUGAAACUAAGAGUAACCAUACCAUAGUAGAAAUCACUGUAAAAAAAAGGAAAAAAAAAAAAAAGAAAAAUAAAAUAAAAUUAAAUUAAAAAAAAAGAACAAAAAAAAAUAGUGUAAUUUUCUCAACUGUGAUCUUGGUUAUAAUCUGUUUGAAUUUUUCUUUUUUUUUUGGUUUUAUAUACCUACCAGGUUUUGGGGCACCAUAACCCCAAAUGCCUGACUCCUGAUAGAACUAUAUAUAUAUUUAUAAUCUUGAGAGUCAUCACGCAGCACUUGCAGGGCAAGCAGGCGAUCAGGCCCAGUCAGCAUGGGUUUAUGAAAG